AAUAUCACAAUACUCAUAACAUUGUGAAUAAAGCAGAAAACAGUGCACACGUGCUCAAGAUUUUUGCCGCUGAAAAACGUGAAAACAAUUGAAUUUUAUCUGAAUUGUUUCAGUCGUGUCAAAAUGGACGUUUUUUAUGAUAUCGAGAAAAUUGUGCGUCAUCGCCGUCGCCCAGAUGGAUCGUAUGAAUAUUUUGUGAAAUGGAAGGGAUAUGAUUCAUCAGCCAAUACAUGGGAGCCAAAGGAAAAUUUUGAAUCGGAACAAAUGAUCGAUAAUUACCACGAUUCGCUGGAACCAGACCCUCCGAUUGAUCCGAUUAAAAUGAAAAAGGAAAUCGAUGACGAUGAAACAACGAACAAGAAAAGUCGCUCGUAUUUGAAACCAACCGAUCUACUGCCGGAAAAAAAAAUCACCGAACGAAAUUUGGUAGCAGAGAAAGUGAUAAAUAUUCAUCAUAUGCUGCAAAACGAAAAGGAUCUGGUUGCUUUGAUUCAAUUCAAGAACAAAAAAGGACUGCAUUACGUAAAAGCAUCAUGGGCCAACAAACAUUGCCCCAAAUUGGUCAUCAAAUUCUACGAAAGUCGCAUUUGCUGGCGCGACAAGCGAUCCGGUGAAAUUGUCGAUUUUCAUGCUUCGAAAGCCUAAAAGAAUACAUUGCAAUACAUUGCACAACAGCACAUUUGUACAAGUAAAUUGUAUAACAACGAGAUUCAAUUUUAUUAUUUUAUUCUCGACUAAAUGUCGUUUUUUUACAAACAAUUUAUAUGGUUCAAAUAAAUUUACGACGAGAUUUUUUUUCAACAUAAA